CCCACAACCCUAAUUCUAGUGAUGCUGGGAGCAGGAGCCAGGAAGCACCACAGCAGCGGCCGGCAAGGGGCGACCUCUCCACUCUCCACUCUCCACCGUCGCCAGCAGUCUCCAGCGGCCGGCAAGCGGCGACGACCACCGUGCCAGCAGUCUCCAGCAGCGCCAGCAGUCUCCGCCGACGAGGGGAAGAAGAUUGAAUUGCAACUGCCGGUUUUGGUCAUCCUCACUCCUCAGCCAAAGAAGAACGUUGCGGAACCAGUCUGGAACACCAAGCAAGCAAGUAUGUCGAGUGGAGGUACAGGUACUAGUGCAAGUAAUACCGUAUCCAAUUCUAAAGAAAAGAGAAAAAAUGCACAGGGAAAUCGUCUAGACCCCGGUUGGCAGCAUGGUGUAGAUGUACUUGGUACUGGGCAGAAAGUGAGAUGCAAAUAUUGUGACAAGGAAGUAUCUGGUAUAUCUCGCUUCAAACAUCAUCUUGAUGAGAAUGAAGGUGAUGAUGCUAUUGGUGUUCCUGAUCCAAGAGUUGAUGGUGAUCAUGCAUAUGAUGGCCCAUUUGAUGGUGGUGGUGAUGAUGAUGACGGUGAUGAUUUGGAUGUUAACGUUGAAGCGGAUGAAUUAAUGUAGUUUCCUUUCUAUCAUUUAGAACAUUUGUGUGAUUUGAUUUCGAGAACUUGGAUUAUUAAACUCGUGUGUCAUUAUGUUAUGUAAACUUCUUAAAUAGUUUGUGAGAAUUUGGUUUCUUUUAACUCAUUUAUGAGUUAUGAUUUAUGUUUAUGAACUUAUUAUUUAGAUGUUAUGGGUUUUGCCUACUUUAAACAUAAAUUGCAGGUAUUUACUCAUUUAUCUGAAUUCUGUACACUCAUAUUUUCCAUAGUACAUGCCGAAUUCAACAGAUUUCUAGCUACUCUAGAGGAUGCAUAAAAAACUUACAUUUUUACGUUUUUAUUCUACGUUUUACGAUUUUACCCAUCUGCCGUUUCUAGGUAGAAUCGCGUUUUUUACUGCAUUGUGUAUCACUACGUUGAGAAAACACAAUUAGAGUGUAGGGUUCAUCGAUGAAAUAUUUAAAAAAGAACUAAUGAAUAGAAUAGAAACAUAUAAGAACACUUUCGAUAUUCUACUUAUAGGACCAAUAGCAUUUUUAGAAGAUGGAUUACAAUGAAUAUUGUUUAUGAAGGAAAUUAAUAAGGAUGUAGUCGAAACUUUUAGUUUAAUUCCAUUUUAAAUGUAUGUCAAACAUGAUUUUGGAAUUGAAUUCAUUUUAUUUUUAAAAAUUUGAAUAUCACAUACCAAACGCGGGAAUUCAUUUCACAAUGAAUUCUACAUGGUAAUUCAUUUUAAAAUGAAAUGAAUUCUCAAUUCAUUUGGUACCAAACGGUCUGCUAGUUUCAAUAUAUUUCGAGGAAAUAAAUUUCAUAUCACUCGUUACCAUCCUGGUAUAGUGGUAUCACCUUUAUUUUUAACUCAGAUUUUAAAAGAAUUACCUAGAAGAAACGAGUUUGUCGUAAUCUAUUGCAUCUACAAAUUAAUGGGGGAAAUUUUUCACAACCAAAUAUACAUAUAUGUUGGUACCUGGUGGUAAACGAUGAUGAAAUGUGAAAAAUGACAGGUAGCAUAUUCCAACUAUACAAUCAUUCUACACUAUACUAUAUUCAUACCACCAUGAUACACUUGCAUACCAUGUGGUAUAAACUUUUGUACAUACCAAGUAAAACCACAUGGUAUGGAGUAGUAAUAAAAAUCUCAAUUUUUUUUGUUCCAAGAUAUAGCAAAGUGGACGUUAUUUUUAAGAGCACUGUUAAUUCGAUUUUUUGUGCAAAAUUUUUAAUUCUACCUAAAUCAACUAUAGCCUGUUAUUUUUUAAAAAAAUUUCUACCUAAAUUUUAUAUAGUUAUGCACUAAAUCUGCUUGUUUCCUAGUAUGUUUCAUAAGGGGACUUGAAUCAGUCUCAGAGUCUUAGGUAACAACUAAUUAAUAACUAGCAUGUACUCGGCCCGUUGGCUGGAAAAUUUUAAUUAGCUCAAAUUAUAUUUCUGUAAUGAAUUUGAGAUUUUUAUUUAUUUGAUGCGUGGGUAAAAAUAUGGAUUAGCUUCUACCAAAAAACAAAAUGGAAUCAUAAAUAGUACGCUAAGUUACAAUACAUCUCUCUCUUCUCUCUCUUCUAAUCGCUUUUCUCUGAAUCUUCGAUUUCACGAUGGUGGCGUCGCCGCCAGGCGCAGCGCCGCCCGCUGUGCCGAUUAGCUGGGCUUCUCUAUUUGAGGUGGAUCCGGCAAACAAGAUUACGUAUCGGCCUCCUCAGAAGAAGAAUGAUGGGUUUCGUCUCCCUCGUGAAGUCAAAAAGCGGGGAGAGGAGAGGUGGAAGGACUGUCUCAUAGCUCAAUUUGUUGGGACUGUUCCAAAACCGGCAGCUCUUCAGCAAUGGGCUACCAGUCUGUGGGGGAGAGAUGGUGUGGUUCGUGUCUCCAAAUUUGGCUCUCGAUUGAUGGUGUUCCAGUUUCCAUCCUGCUACUGGGAGUGGGUAUUCAGGUCGGGACCGUGGCACUUCCAAGGUAAUCCGGUUUAUUUUCGGAAAUGGUUUCCUGGGAUUCAACCUGUUACUCGUGUUGUUGAAACCCUACCGAUUUGGGUUAAGUUGUGGGGAAUUCCGUUGGAAUAUCAUUCAUUCGAGGGGCAUGAAUGGAUUGCCAGUACAAUUGGAGCACUACUAGGGUUGGGGCUCAAUUGGGGUUUGCAAAAGUUUGUAUUGAUUUGGCUGCGGAUUGUGGAUUUCCAUAUAAGGUUCGAAUUUACCCUGAUGAUGAUCCGUCGUUUGAAAUUGAGAUAGAGUAUCUGAACAAGCCUUUGGUGUGUGAUAGAUGUGAGAUCUAUGGGCAUGAUUGUAAUUGGUUAGCUAAGAGUGGAAAGAAGUGGAUUCCAAAAGUUAAGGUUGAUGUUGAGACUACAGCAGCCGUGUCUCAGACUGGUGUUGCUCAAGUAAGGGAUGCUAAUGAUAAAGGAAAGGAAGUGGCACAUAGUUCUGAUGUAGUUAUUUCUGCUGGAUCUGUUGUUGAAGGAAGUUCUCAUUCUGCUUCUCAUGAGAUUGGCACUAGUUUGGUUGUAGUUGGUUCUGGGUCUGCUGUUGAAGGUAUUUCAAGUCCUGCUCCUCAGUCAAUAGGGGGCCUAGCGGGGAGUUUUGCCGAGGCAGUAAAGGGAUCAUCAGUCUCAUCUGGGAGUCCUGCUACCACUCAGCUUAUGACUAAGCAAUCUAGCUCACCUGUGGGGAGGUUGGAUGCUCAGUCUACUGCUAGAAAUGAGGGUAACCAUUGGAUCAUAGUUACUGGGAAUUCGGCUAAGAAGAAACCUCAUGUUCCUCCUGCUAAGAAGGGGGGGGGGGGAAGGGUGGCAAGAAGAAAUGAAAGUCUUAUCAUGGAAUACCAGGGGAUUUAAAGACCAUGGAAAGAAUAAAAUUGUUCAACAGCUAGUAAAUAAACACAAUAUAGGUAUAGUAGGUAUACUAGAGCCAAGAAUCAAAGUAGCUGAGUCAGAUGCACUCAUUAGUAAGAGAUUCCCUGGAUGGGAGAGGAAGGUUGCUUGUAAUGCAAAUGGUUUGGGGAAGGUAUGGAUGCUCUGGAAGCAGGAUGUGCAGUUGAGGGUCUUGGAUAGUUCAGAUCAGUUUGUUCAUGCCUUGGUAAGUUUAGGGUCACCUCUCUUUAUAACUUUUGUCUAUGCUUCUAACGUAGAAGUGACAGAAGAAAGCUCUAUAGUGAUCUAGUUAGGUUGAGAGUUGGUCAGGUUCCGUGGAUAAUCCUGGGGGACUAUAAUGCUAUCAAUGGCCCCGAGGAGGCCUCAAAUAGCCCUGAUCCUAAUAGUAGCAUGGAAGAUUUUAGAACCUGGCAGAGUAUGGCUGAAAUAGUGGAACAUAAAUCUUCUGGUCCUUGGUUCACAUGGAUCAACAAACAACAGAAUAAUCCUAGUGCUAGGAGGCUUGAUAGAGCUUUCAUUAAUUUGAAAUGGUUAGAGGGGAUGAAGGAUAGUGUUGUGGAUCUUUUGGAUCCUUCAGUGUCUGACCACUGCCCUGUUUUCUUAAAUACAGACAGUAAGAUAAAAUCCCUUCCCAAGCCAUUCAAGUAUUUUAAAUUUUGGGUCUCUCAUCCUAAAUUUUUUGACCUGGUUAAAGAGGCAUGGGGUACUGAGGUGGAAGGCUCACCAUUAUCCAGGGUCUGCAAGAAAUUAAGAGUUCUUAAGAAGUUGCUCAGGGAAUUGAAUAAGGAAGAGUUCUCUGAUUUAAGAGAAAGAGUAAAGUUGAAGGAAACUGAAUUACAAAAUGCACAGGCUAUUGCUUUAGCAUCUGAGUCUUUUGUUCUAGUCAAGGAAAGGGAAGUGGAGUUAUUAGCUAUUAGAAAUGCUGAAGAAUCUUUCCUUUGACAGAAGUCUAGGGAAAUUUGGCUCAAGGAAGGGGAGUUAGACUCCCCUUACUUUCAUCGCUCAGUCAAAAUCAGGAACCAGAGGAACACAAUAAGAUAACUUAUUAAUGAAGCUGGGGAAAGGGUGGUUGAUACUAAUAGUAUGAGUGAGGUUGCAAAGAGGUUCUAUCAGAAUUUGCUCGGUAAAGGUGACCCAACUGUGCAAGCUAAGUCUGUGGAAUAUAAUAGGGGGUUGUUACAAAAAUCACUUCCUAGUAAUCUGGCCAUUGAAAUAUGUAAACCAGUCACUGCAGAAGAGAUCAGGAAAGUCAUUUUUGGGUUUCGAGGGGAGAAAAGUCCUGGCCCUGAUGGCUAUUCAGCAUGUUUCUUUCAUCAUGCUUGGAGUGUUGUUGGGGAAGAAAUCACUGCUGCUAUACAUCAUUGCUUCGUAGUGUCUGAAUUCCCUUUGGAGGUGAACUCUACACUCUUAGCAUUACUACCUAAGAUUAAGAAUCCAGAAGAGGUGAAAAAUUUCAGGCCUAUUUCAUGUUGUAACAUUUUAUAUAAAUGUAUAGCAAAGAUCAUUUCUUCUAGGCUUAGUGAAUGCUUGCCUCAUCUGAUUAGUGAGAACCAAACUGCGUUUGUUAAAGGGAGAAUCAUAGGAGAAAACAUCCUGCUUGCUCAUGAAAUGGUUCAGAAAUAUAAUAGGAAUAAUAUGUCUCCUAGAUGUAUGGUGAAGGUGGACCUAAUGAAGGCAUUUGACUCUGUGGAUUGGACUUUCCUCUCCACUGUGUUAGAGGCCAUGAAUAUACCUUUAAGUUUCAUUAAGUGGAUUACAAUGUGUUUCACAACACCUAAAAUCAGUGUUGGUUUCAAUGGAGGGGUGGUUGGUUAUUUCUCAGCAAAGAAGGGAUUAAGACAAGGAGAUCCCCUCUCUCCUUUCUAUUUGAUGUAGCAAUGGAGGUAUUUAGUUGCCUUAUGAAACAAGUUGUUCACGAAAAUAGAAUGCCUUUUCACCCAAUGUGCAAAAGAAUAGGUUUAACCCACCUAAUGUUUGAUGAUGACUUACUGCUUUUUUCUGAUGGAUCCAACUAUGGCAUUCAAUGCAUUCGAGAGGUGCUUACGCAAUUCAGGGUGCUAUCUGGUUUAGUUUCUAAUCCAACUAAGUGUGAGCUCUACUGCUGUGGGUUACCUAAGGAGUGGCAGGAGAGCAUGGCUGCCAGAGCUGGUUACCAGCUAGGCACUCUCCAUGUUAGGUAUUUAGGAAUACCAUUAAUUCCUGGAAAGCUUACCACCAAGGCUUGUCGUCCCUUAAUUGACAAAUUAGUUAAAAAGAUUCAGAACUGGGGGGUGAAAACUCUGAGUUAUGCAGGAAGACUUCAACUGGUACUUUCAGUUUUAUACAGUAUGGUUCAAUUCUGGAUGGCUGUGUUUAUAUUGCCUAAGAAAAUGAUAAUGGAAAUUGAGAAAUUGUGUAGUGAUUUUUUGUGGGGAGUGGGCAAAGAAGGAAAGAAAAGAGCAGUGGCAACAUGGGGUAAGCUGACUUUCCCUAUAAGAGAGGGCAGUCUGGGUAUAAGGGACAUGAAAAGUUGGAACCUGGCUUGCAUAGUGAGACAUAUAUGGGAUCUUCUUACUAAGCAAGGGUCCCUUUGGGUUGCUUGGAUAUGGGAGUACAGGCUCCAUGGGACUGAUUUCUGGACCUCAACAUGUAAAACAGGCUCCUGGUUGUGGCUUAAGGUACUUAAAACAAGGGAUUUAAUCCAAAACAAGUUGAUUGUUCAGAAUGGUGAGGGGUUCUGGAAGGGGAAGCUGUUGAAGAAAUUCUCAACCAAGCAGUUCUGGGAAGAACUCAGACCUCACAGUCCUGAGGUGCCUUGGUUUAAACUGCUCUGGAAAACUCCUAUUAUCCCUCGUAAUCAGUUUAUCAGUUGGCUUAUCAUUAAGCAGUUUAUCUCUACUUGUGACAAAAUGGUAGAUUGGGGCUUCCAAGGGGUAACUGCUUGUGUUUAAUGUGAUUGCAGAAUUGAGACUCAAAAUCAUCUGUUUGCAGAGUGUUGCAGAUAUAAGGAACUAUAAACAAAGCUCUUUUCUAAAUUCUGCCAUAGAGCUCCCACAAACUUAUGGUCUACUGAACUAAAGUGGGCUAUUGAUUCUUUUUCAACCUCUGCUCCUCAUUCAAGGUCUGGCAGAAUGAUUUGGCAAUCUAUGAUUAGUAAUAUAUGGCGGAUGAGAUGUUCGGUCAGGUUUGGAGGGGCAGUUUUAAGUCUUAAUGAAGCUGUCAAAAUGAUCAAGGAUGAAGUUCAGAUUGUGUGUGAAGCAGUUGAGGUUGAAUUUUUCUUUUGAGUGCAUCUGAUGUUGUUUGAUUGCUAUGGUAUUCUUGGCUCCUUAUAGUUAGUUUGCAGGUGGGUAGAGGUGUUGGUUUUGUAACCUCAGUGGCAGGGGGUGUUGCCACAAAGUAACUGGUUUUUUUAUGAUUAAUAUAUAGCUAACCAUUCAUAAAAAAAAAACAAAAUGGAUUAGCUCAAAUUAUAUUUGUGCAUAAAAUUUUAUAGUUUUAUCAUCAAUAAAAUGAAAAUUUUAUACGACUCCAUCAAAGUUAACUAAUGAAUUUUGCAAUCAGAGCUGAUCAAUUUCGUAAUCAUGAUAAUCAACUCAUUGUUAAGAAAUUAUAUAUUUGGUUUAAUUUGAUGAUCUUAGUUAAGAUUUUUGUACUUGAUUUUCCUUGGUUGGAUUUCUAAUGGUUCGAGAACAUGUAAGUACAAUUAUUAUUAUUAAUAAGCAUCCAACUCAUAAUAUUUUUCUAACUGCAUGGUAUACAUAUUGAAGUAAACAAUUCACAACUUGUAUCCUAACACCUAACCAAGUUGACCAAGGUAAUGGAUACUAAAUAAUGCAUUUGAUCCCGUCCCCAACGGUCCAAAGGUUCCAAUCGUUGGAAUAUUCUGAACCAUUCAUGAUAACGAACAAGGGCUUGGUCUAGUGGAAAUACCACUAGUCUAGAACUUGGAGGUCCCAGGUUCGAAUCCCUUAAGUAUUACCUUAAUAACAAGAAAAUAAAACCUAUAUCACCCUUAUAAGAAAAAAAAAAUAAUGCAUUUUGUAUCAAAUGUGAUUGAUUAAGGGCGACCACAUACUAUGCUUUGUUUGUUUAUACUUGACUUGAUUGCUUAAUGAUUUUAAUAAAAGAAAAUUAUUACCAUAUAAUUUGAAUGUGUUUAAUAUGUCAACCAUAACGACUACCCUAUGACUCUUAUCUUUCAAACGAUUAUUGUAUACAUGAAAAUAUGCACCUCAUGCAACCAUGGUUGUCAAAUUGAUUCCAACAAUUGACCUAAUCAAGCAAGUGGACCACGGUUUGACUGGUCCUUCUGAAAUAAAAUUAUUUAACUCGGAAUUACUCGAAUUUAAGGCACACAACAGAGAGAGAAAGGGUUUGUGAGGGAAAGAAAAAAGUAAAAUGGUUUGGCGUAUUCACUUAAUAUCUCAAUCCAUGAGAACCUGACGCUUAACCCGAUUUGACCAAUUUUAUGCUAAAUUGAAUGCGUAAAACUCGAUAUGUAGUCAUUUAUCAUCAAACUCAUGUCAACCAUGAAUUAACAAUUAUGUGUGCAGAAUAAUCUUAACCCAUAUUUAUUAGUUGUAAACUCAAUUCCCAUAAGCAUAAAUAUAUAUAUCUUCCAUUCCAUUGGUCGGUGCCAUUAACAUGAAAAACCAGAAAAUUAGUAGUAGUUGUAUGCAUAAGCUGGUAAAAGUUAGUCUGAAUAAGAGGUAUGUAUGAAUAUGUUCUUAAAACACCAAGUAUAUUUGGAUUAAUCUAACAGACUAACAGUUGAGAUAUGGUGUGGAGUGGAUUAAAUAUAAAAAAAAACUUUACACAUUCUAUCUAUGUUUCAAACUAUUGACCAUAUAUAUCUAACUUACUGUAAAUAAACCUAUUGAAAUAAAAAUGGUAACCUCUUAUUUCUUAAUUAUUAGUUAUAUUAUUGUAAACAUAAGCAAAUAUAUAUAUUGUCUAAACCCAUUGAUCGUUGUCAUAUGCAUACCAGAUCCCUCAUAACAUAACAAAUGCUUUAAAUCUUAGAAAAUAAUAUGACAUUCGAUACACAAAAUACCGAUAUAUUUGGAUGAUGUCAAACACCAUUACUAAACUCCAACCUAAAAUUAUAAACCUCUAACCAUGAGAAGCAUCCAAUCAAAUCUAACUAACACUAUAUCCCUAGCAAAAAAAUAGUGGAGGAAGCAUGGCUCUAUAAAUAGGCAAAAUACACGAAAGUGUAUAGAAGACAAUAAAUCAAUAGCCGAUUUUCAACUAGAUUAAAAAAAAAUUCUCAAAUAGAUAAAAAAAAAUUAUGAUUCUCAAAUAGAUAUAAAAAGACGAUUCCCAAAGUUGUCGCGAUAGUGAAGGUUUGGGAAUUGCAGAUCCCAGGUUUGGAUUCAAGCGAGGCCUAUUGGUGUUCCCGGAGGUAUAAAGGAUGUUGGGUGAGAAGCCACGUUGGCCUCAAAUUGAAUGUAGGUGGCCACAGGUCUAGUAGGACCUGCUGUUACAAAGUGGUACAUGGGGUUGAGAUUCCUGGGUAAUAAAAUAAAAAUUCGCGAUGUUUGUAACCUCAUUCAAGACAUUAAAUUAAUUGUCUUAUAUAAUAUAUAAUGAAAUGUGGUGUGCUUGACAAAUAAAUUUGUAACUCAAACUGAAUUAAUUUAUAGAUUAAAAUUCAUAUAUUACAAUAUUUUAUACAUCUAAAUCUAGAAUAUAUACUUAUCAGAAUAAAUAUAUAAUAUACGGUACACAAUUUAUAACAAAUAAAUGUUAAAACCAAGAAUUAUAAAAUCGUAUCGAAUUGUGUAUCGAAAUAGUUAAUGAUAUAUUAUUUUGUUCUUAAAUAGUGGUCUGACCGUGAUUUUACCAUUUCCUAACGAUAAAAUCGUCUACAAAAUUAAACUCUACUAUGCAAUUUUUCUUGUCAAACUUAUAGUAGAAUUUUGUGAAGAUUUUUUUUUAAAUUAAAAAUGGCAUACUCAUAUUCUCAAAUCAUGUGAAAAAAGUAACUGCUAACGUGAAAUUAAUUAAAGCAAUAUAAAAUAAAUAAAAAUUGAGCUAGGUUUGCGGGAUGCUUUCGUUAUUGCUCCCAGUCCAAGUGAAACCACAAAAAUCGGGAGCUACUAAUUAACGCCCUAACUUUUUAAAUUUGUCACUCUAAAAUUAUCUAAUUUGAUAAUUUUAUCGCCAACUUAUUCUCAAUCCCUAACCAAGUUUCGCCCUAGGAUUCUUCCCGGCACCGUCGCAGGCCUUACACUGCGCCGCUUGAGGACGUAGAAGAGAGGAAAUAAUCAUGCCCCGUCGGGCACCUCUACUACCUGGCCAACUGGUUCCGUCCCACCCACUGCCGCCGCCGCACACCACUGCUAUAGCUGGGUUUAGGGAUCAGUGCAGUCAAAAUCGUGCAUUAAAACAUAAAAACGUAAGUUUUUACGUAUCCAGGCCACCAAAUCGUUUCAGUUUCUACCUAAAGUCGCUUAGUCACAAAAACUGGUAAAAACAUGUGUAAAGUCGGUAAAAUCGCGAUUCUGAAGCGUUUUUAUACGAUUUUGAUCAUCUCAUUAAAAUGUGCUAAUUGGUCCAAAAUGAUGUAAUUUUGGAGACAUAUUAGCAAAAAAUAAAAAAAAGGAAAACAUGAUUCAUCACUCGUUCUACAACUAGUGUCGAAAUAGGGGCUUCACAUUAGGUUGAAAAGACACCUAAUGGUAUUCUCAACAGUCGCUGACCUUCUAUCAGUCUUCUACCUUAAUCUUCACUUGUGGCUCUUAUAAGGGUUACGAUGAAAGUUUAUGGGUAAUUGAUCGUAUGUAAUUAUGUAAACUCAAACCAGCUUAUGAGAAUUUGGAUUCUCAAGCUCGUUUACGGGUUACGAUCUACGUUUAUGAGCUUAUUAUUAAGAUGCUAUGAGUUUUCUCUACUUUUGAGUCUACGCAAAUUAGUUUAUGUGUUAGAUAUUAUAUUUUAAUUAUGAAUUUCAUGUAGUUAUCCACUUAUCUAAAAUCUACACACUCACAUUUUACAUACUAUAUGUUGUACUUAACAUAUUUUAGCUAUUUUAGAGGGUGCGUCAAUAACUUACGAUUUUACGCUUUGAUUCUAUGUUUUACGAUUUUACCCAUUUUCCGCUUCUAGGUAGAAUCGCGCUUUUAACGGGUUAAUUGCAUGGUUGGUCACUGAGAUUACAAAAAACGUUCAAGUUUGGUCACUUGAAAUAUUUAAAUUCAUUGGUGGUACUUCAGUUUACUCAAACUGUUCAUGUUUGGUCACUCUCCGUCCAACUCCGUUAACUUUGACUGAUGUGGCACUCAACUCUCAAAGUUGACCGUUAACUUAAUGACGUGACAACUAAAAAUUUAUUAAAAAAAGUUAUAUUUUCUACCUCAUUAUUACAUUCAUUAAACAAUAAAAAAAUAACAAACCUAAUACACUAUCCAACCCAGCCGUUAAGAUUUAAAAUGUUUCAAAUAUUCAAAAAUUAUCAAAUCCCAGACUAAUAAACGCAGCAGCAACUGCACCUCUUGAGUUUCUGAACAUUCUGGCACAACCGCCAAUCCAUUCCUUCCUCCGCCGCCGCACAAUUCUUCUCUCCUCACACCGGCCGCCGAUUUCUGAUCAUCGCUCGCCAUCUACCUUUCCAUCUUUUCGCUCUCUCUUCCUUAUCCCUAUUUUCGGGAGCCGCAGAAUUCGAAUCUUUUCUUUUUUCGCCUCCUUUUCCCCGCUUUUCUCCAUUUCUUCGAUUUGUUCGGCGGCACUGCAGAAACCCUAGUUAGUAUCCGACUGUCACUUCACCUCUCCGUUAUCUCGCUAUCCACUCUUCCCCUCCGUGAUUCACCGUCGUCGAUAGCCAAGGUAAUUACCUCUUUGAAGAAUUUGAUUCACGAGCCUGCUUGCUUUGACUUUCUUUAAGCUCCGGAACUUGAAGAUGAACCAAGUGACGCCAAGGAUAAAUAUUAAAGCAGUGGUUACGAGAAUCAAUCGAAGUAUCCAUAGAUUGCUCAUCCUCCUUUUGGGUUCUUGUUUUUGUGGACAGAGACCUUCCAUGUCCCCACACAAACCUGGGUUCCCUAUAAAGCUGUUCUUGUAAAUCUGCUUGGCAAACAUGUUAGUUUACUGAAUUGCUUCUCUUAUUACUGAAUCAAUCGAAGGAAAAACGUAAUGAAUCCAGGAUGUAGAGCUGGAUUUAUAGUACAGACUGUAGGCAAGAGUCAAGGAGGGAAAGACCGUUAUGGUCAUAACAACCUUGACCAUAUUACCUUUUACUACCUAUACUAAUUCUAGUUACAAUCAUCCUAUCUAACUUUACAAGUUGAUCUAUAUCAUCUAAUACCCCCCCCGCAAGCUAAACGUGGAUUGACUUUAGGUUUAGCUUGGAAAUGAGGUCAACGAAGGUAUGAACUGGAAGUGCCUUUGUGAAAGGAUCUGCCAGUUGCAAAGUGGUUGAAAUAUGCUGGACCUUCAGUUUGUUGGCAAGAACCUGAUCACGAGUGAAGUGGCAAUCGACUUCAAUGUGUUUUGUUCUUUCGUGUUGAAUGGGAUUCUCUGUCAUCUUGACUGCAGAUUGAUUGUCACAAUAAAUGGUGUAAGGCUGCUGAGGUUGGACUGGAAGAUGCUUGAACAAUGUCGUCAUCCACUGCAAUUCCUGAGCUGUAUCUGCCAAGGCUCUGUAUUCAGCUUCUGUAGAAGAUCUGGAGAUGGUUUGCUGCUUCUUAGACCGCCAGCUGACCAGUGAAUUACCUAGGAACACACAAAAAUCAGUUACUGAGCGUCGUGUGUCAGGGCAACCAGCCCAGUCAGAAUCAGAAAAGGCUGAAAGACGAGUAGAAGAGUUGCUGGGGAAAAAUAAUCCACGAGCUGGGGUUGUUUUCAAGUAUCUGAGCAGUCUGUGUGUGGCCUGUUCAUGAACUGUGGUAGGGGCAUCCACAAACUGACUAAGCUGGUUCACAGUGUAGCAGAUGUCUGGUCGAGUAGUGCAUAAAUACUGCAAUCGACCUAUCAAUUGCCUGUAACUACUGUGAGCAGAUUCAUCUAAUAAGAUUCCCUCAGAUGU